AUGAGCGACCCCACCUCCAAGGAACCCAAUGCCAAUGUCUUGGAUGAAGAAAAAGGACUCCCUGGACCUGGAAAGGAUGCAGAUGUUGAAGUUGCUCAAUCAUGGUCACUGAAAAAGUUUGCAUCGCUGGGAGUGGAAACUGGAGGCAUUGUCCCUAUUCCCAUGUCAGAGCGAACAAAUACAAGAGUUCAUGGAAUCUUCACUUUAUGGCUCACUAUGAGUGUCAAUCUGCUACCAAUUGUUACUGGUAUGACUGGACCGCUAGGCUAUGGAAUUGGACUCAGAGAUUCUUCUCUGGUUAUCCUUUUCUUUAGUAUAUUAUGCACGGUGCCAGUUGCGUAUCUGGCAACGCUGGGCCCCAAGACUGGUAUGCGACAGAUGAUUCAAGCAAGGUUCUCGUUUGGAUAUUACCUUGUCUCAGUACCUGUCAUUCUCAACCUUGCGACUCUCACCGGCUUCUGUGUGAUCGACAGUGUCGUUGGUGGUGAAUCUCUGUCUGCCAUCACCCAUGGUCAUCUGACACCUGAUGUUGGUAUUGUGGUCAUCGCCAUCCUAGCGAUGUUGGUCUGCUUCUGUGGUUUCAAGAUUUUGCAUCGCUACGAGCGUUUUGCCUGGAUUCCUGCUCUAGUCGCCAUCAUUAUUGCUACUGGAACCGGCGGUAAGCAUCUGAGCAACCAGGCUGUGUAUCCGGCUCCGGAAGCAUCUACUGUCCUUUCGUUCGCUGCACUUAUCGCUGGUUUCCUCAUCCCUUGGGCGGCGCUGGCUGGAGAUUUUGCCGUCUACAUGGUUCCUGAGGCGUCCAGUGCCAAGGUCUUCUUUUACACGUACAGCGGUCUGUUCUUACCUACAGUACCCUUGCUGGUUCUGGGCGCUGCCAUUGGAGGUGCAUGCCCCAAUGUGCCCUCCUGGCAAGCAGGCUAUGAUUCGACCUCAGUUGGUGGAGUGCUAGCAGCCAUGCUUGAACCUGCAGGCGGCUUUGGCAAAUUCGUUGUCGUCCUUCUCGCCUUCUCAUUGCUUGGAAACAUCGCAGCGACCAUGUACAGCAUUACGCUCAACUUCCAACUUCUGCUGCCCUGGAUGGUUAGAGUUCCUCGCUUCUUGUUCGCCAUCGUCAUUACAGCCAUUGUGAUUCCGGUCGCCAUUCGCGCGGCCACCAGCUUCUUCAACAACCUCGAGAACUUCAUUGGUGUUAUUGGCUACUGGUCUUCUGCGUUCGUGGCUGUCGUGGUUAUCGAGCAUGCUUGGUUCAGAAAAUCGGAUUGCUCGGCCUAUUCUCAUGAGAAGUGGAACAAGGCCAAUAUGCUGCCUAGUGGCAUUGCUGCAUUGGGAGCUAGUGCUUUGUCUUUUGCUUUAGUCAUCCCUUCAAUGGCGCAGGUGUGGUAUACAGGACCUAUUGCGAAGACGACUGGUGACAUUGGGUUUGAGCUGGCCUUUGUGGUUACAGCAUUGCUAUACGUGCCACUUCGAUACCUAGAAAUCAGGAUACAGAAGCGUGUAUAG